UCAGCUUUGGAAGGAGGAAUCACCAGAGGAAACGACGACCGCUGUGAAUCCGGAACGACAUGGUUGACUCGAAGCCAGUUUCCUAGAAAGCGGAUCCGGUAGGCGGGGAUUGAGCACCAUCUCCGGAAGUUGAGGGCUUUGUUUCCGAAGGGGAUAUCUUCUCGGACGGACCGUGCUGGAGCGACUGGGUUUCAAAGCAGGUGCUUGAGCCACACCUCCAGUCCAUUUUGCUCUGGUUAUUUUUGGAGGUAGGGGCUGGAGAACUGUUUGCCCAAGCUGGCCUCCAACAAUACUUUCCAGCUCAGCCUUCCAAGAUUACAGGUGUGACCACCACCAACAAAUGUUGUAGAAUCCUUCUUGUCUAUGAAAUGCAGUUAACACACCAACUGGACCUUUUUCCUGAAUGCAGUGUGACCCUUCUGUUAUUUAAAGAUGUAAAGAAUGCUGGAGACUUACGAAAAAAAGCCAUGGAAGGCACUAUUGAUGGUUCACUAAUAAGUCCUACAGUGAUUGUUGAUCCAUUUCAGAUACUUAUAGCAGCAAACAAAGCAGUUCACCUGUACAAACUGGGAAAAAUGAAGACAAGAACUCUAGCUACUGAAAUUAUUUUCAACCUUUCCCCAAAUAACAAUAUUUCAGAGGCUUUGAAAAAAUUUGGCAUUUCAGCAAAUGACACCUCAAUUUUAAUUGUUUACAUUGAAGAGGGAGAGAAACAAAUAAAUCAAGAAUACCUCAUAUCUCAAGUGGAAGGUCAUCUGGUUUCUCUGGAAAGUCUUUCAGAAAUAACAAAUAUUUCAGAAGUCAAAAAGAUAUACAAACUGUCUUCACAAGAAGAGAGUAUUGGAACAUUAUUGGAUGGUGUCAUUUGUAGAAUGUCAACAAAAGAUGUUUUGUGAAAUGUUAGAAAUAUUAACAGAAAAUUUCAGCAUUAAAGAAACAUUGAU